AUGCAAAAUGACGAAGCGUCGAGAUACAGUAAUACAUGGGAUUGCAUUCAGGCCACGCACGCACGCCCUGCAGUCGCCGCCGGCACCCACGCGUGCAACGAAUUCGGUCACGCGUGCCUCAACAGCACGCACUUCCACACGUGCCUCACCAACUUCACCACGGGCAUCUCCUUCCCGCAAGGCCCGCUCCAGGUGUGCGCCCCGGGAUUGGUGUGCGACCAGAACUCGCCACUGAUCUGCGAGGACCCGCGCUUCCUGACCACGCUUCCGCCGGACCCCAACGUGGCUCCGGUCGCCAGCGCGGUGGCCGUUGAUGUCGCUCCCGUAGCGGUUGAUGCUGCUCCCGUGGCGGUUGAUGCCGCUCCCGUGGCAGCUGAUGUCGCUCCCGUAGCGGUUGAUGCUGCUCCCGUAGAAGUCAAUGCUGCUCCCGUGACGGUUGAUGCCGGUCCUGUGGCCGUUGAUGCGGCUCCCGUGACCGUUGAUGCUGCUCCCGUCCCGGUUGAUGCCGCUCCCGUGGCGGUUGAUGCCGUUCCCGUUGCAGUUGCAGUUGAUACCGCUCCCGUGGCAGUUGAUGUCACUCCCGUAGCGGUUGAUUCUUCUCCCGUAGCCGUUGAUGCCGUAGCCGUUGAUGCCGCUCUCGUUGCGGUUGAUUCUGCUCCCGUGGUGGUUGAUGCCGCCCCCGUGUCAGUUGAUUCUGCAGCGGUCGCAAGCGUUCCGCAACCCAACGCAGAAGCAGACGCAGAGGGCACCACUGUAUCUGCAGCAGCUGCUGAAUCCUCGGUGACCAGUGGAAAUGAGUUUCUGCUUGAGCCAGUCACUAACGUUCCUCAACCUGACGCAGUACCAGAAGCUGUUGAAGUCACCACUGUACCUGCAGCCGAAUCGACUGUGUCCACUGGGAUUGGACUUCUGGCAGAUACGGUCGCCAACGACCAACAACCCAAUGCUGCAGCUGAUGGAAUUAAAUCCAUCUCUGUAUCUGCAGCUACUGCUGAAUCCCCCUUGUCAAGUGGAAAUGAACCUCUACCCGAGCCUGUCACAAGCAACUCACAGUCCAUCAGUGUAGGAGACAUUAUCGAAGUCACCACUGUACUUGCGGCACCUGCAGAAUCCUCAGUGUCAAGUGGGAAUGGACCUUUGCCCGCAGAAGCAGAAGCUGCUACUGUACAACAAACAACGCUGGCCGCCGAAUUACUUCCCAAUGCGCCGAUCGAUCAAGAACCUACUGCACCUAGUGCAGCUAUUCAAGAAAACGUAUCCGUGACAACAGCGACCGAGAUCGUUCUACCACAGGAAACUGCAACUUCUCAACCAAGUGACACAAAUGCAAAACAAGUUAGCGCAAACACCGACGCAACUGAUGCAGCCCCUGUUGCAUCUGCCACGGCUAUUGAAGUCAGUGCUAAUGAAAACAUAGCAAUAAAUGACGCAAUUACAGAAGCAGCCGCAGAGAUUGACGCAACAACAGCAUCCAAUAUUGCUGGAGGAGUAGGCGUGAAUGACGAUGUUGAAGCAGUUGAUGUUGUGCCAGCAGAAAAUAGUGCUGACGCAUUACAGGCAGCCACAGAUGUCACUAUUGUCACAGCAGCACCCGAUGUUGCACAAAUUGAAUCUACAUCCUCGUCAGUAACCGACGUAUUAUCUGAUGCAGCUGUUGCACCAUCAGAUAAUACUGCUGUUCCCUUAGACGUAUAUACAUCUCCAUUGGGGACAGAUGGACAACAACCGGCAGAGCAAAUCACUCAACUCUCAGUAGGUCCAGUUACCCCAACAGAAGUUGGCGCACUCGUCGAAACCGAAACAGUGGUACCAAUUGAUCUAGCCGACCCACUUUCUGCUAACGUUGCCCAAGAACAGGGAGAAUCUACAUCGGUGGUCGAAAGCGUACAAACCACAAACGACGUAGUUGAUAUUACAACUACCGUACCAGAUUCUGCUAACGGAAGACAGGGAGAAACGUCAACAGUUGUAAUUAACACCAUACCAACAAUUGACGCCGCAACAGCAUCACCGCAAGUUGACACUGCCUCUGGCCCGGGUUCCGCACCAGGUGACGGCAGCACAUCAACUGAACCCGGCGCAAUAUCACCAAUUGACAGUGUUGCAACAUCAACAGCAGUUGAAACAGCUGGCGCUGCGGUUGCCUCUCCACAAGCUGACGCCAGUGUCACCUCAUUACCAGCAGGGGCUGAUGUCACAUCCUCACCAGCUGAGACCGGUGUCACUUCGUCAUCAGCUGCCGCUGGGGUCAUCUAUUCAACGGCAGGCGACUCAUCUGUAUCUGCCCCAGCUAGCACUGAUGAAGUUUCAGCACCUGCAGACACUACCGCGGUAUCAGCGCCGGCUGACUCAGCUGUUGUCUUGACACCCACUUCAGCCACUGUCACUUCUUCACCUGCUUACGCCGGCGACGCCCUUUCUCCAGUUGAGGCAAAAGUAACCACUUCACCAGUGGACGCUGGUAUCACCACCGCUCAAGCUGGCGACACACUAGCUUCAGCACCUGCUGCUUCUGCAGUUGCCCCUGCACCAGCUGAAGCCGCUGCUGCCUCUGCACCCGCUGACGCUGCUGCCACCGCACCAGCGGAAGCGGCUAUAGCUGCUUCACCCACCGACACCGUUCUAACUUCUUCACCAGCUCAAAUCGCUGCUGCUCCUGCACCAGCGGACAUCGCUGCCGCCGCUCCCGCGAACGCUGCUGUGGCUUCUUUACCAGCUGAAGCCGCCGCUGGCCCUGCACCUCUUGACGCAGCUGCCUCCGCACCUGCGGACGUCGAUGUAGCUUCUUCACCAGCUGAAGCCACUGCUGGCUCUGCACCCGCUGACGCUGCUGCUUCUACGCUUAUUGACAUAGCUGCUGCUGCUCGCUGCAACCCCACUGACACCGCUGCUGCUCUGAACCCACCUGACACUCGCUGCCACGCACUGCGGACGCCGCCUGCCAGCUUCUUCACCUGCUGA